AUGACGGCGACCGCGAUCAAAGUGACGACGAGACCGCCGUCGCACGCGAUGGUGUACAAACCCGUCCACGACGUUCUCGCCGCGUACCAAAAAGCGAGGGCGAUCUUCGUUCGGGACGUCGCGGAGCUCCUCGCGCGCGGGGACGCGGGGAUGGACCAGGCGCUCAUGGACGGGAAGGUUCUCCCGCUGCUGUACAAGCCGCUCGUUCAAGACGUCGUCCCGAGCAUCCAAUCCCACGCCCUGGACGUCGCGAAGUCGCUCGUGGACCCCUCCGGCGGGGACGAGCUCGUGGAGGACGAGCCGCUCGAGAAACUCGUCGCGUCGCUCUCGCACCCGGCGCCGGCGGUGGUCGUCUCCGGUCUUCGCGCCCUGCGCUCUAUCGCGGGGAAGAAGGAAGCGCACGCGACGGCGGUCGUCGCCGCGGGCGCGCUCGUACCCAUGCGCGCGCUGUUGGAGUCCUUCCACGACGACGUCAAGGAAGAGACGGUGAGGACGCUGCGCGCGGUGGCGGCGGCGGGGGCGGAGCACGCGGGGAAAAUCAUAGCCGAGGACGACACGCUCGCCGCGCUCGCGGCGAACUGCAACAUGAUGGACGCGUCGCUGAGCCUCCGCGCGCAGAUCGUGAAGGUGUUCGAGAGCGUGUGCGCGUACGGCGCGGAGAGCGCCGGCGCGGUGCUCGACUGCGGCGGGUUUCACGCCGCGGCGAGGGUCGCGGAGGACGCGUCGGCGGCCAACGCCGUCGCCGACGACGGCGUCGCGCCGCGCGCGGCGGCGAGCGCGUUCGCGUGCCUCGCGACGAUGGCGCGGCAUUCCGACGACCUCGCGGCCGCGGUCGUGGACGCCGGGUGCGUCCCGUGCGCGAUCGCGGGGGUGGUGAACGAGGCGAACGCGCCGUUGCGGGAGGCGACGGCGGCGACGCUGAGAGAGCUCGCGAUGAAGACGCCGGCGCUGGCGGAGACCGUGGCCUCCGACGGCGGCGUCGCCGGGCUCGUGCAGUGCGCGAACCUCGAACGCGGGACAUCUCGGUCGAUCUUAGCCGUCCAGACGUUGGGGUACAUCGCGGACUUCAAGCAAGCGUUCGCGAUGGCGGUCGUCGGCGCGGGGGGCGCGAAGUGCCUCGUCGACGCGUCGAGGUCCGCGGCGGACGUCGACGCCGCCGUCGCCGCGGCGUGGGCGCUCGGGUGCGUCGCGAGGCACGGGAAGGAGACCGCGAAGCCGCUCGCGAAGGCGGGCGCGCUGAAGGCGAUGCUGGAGUGCUACGCGCUGGGGAAGGAGAGCGUAACGGUCGUCGGCGAGGCGUUGACGGACCGCGCGAAGGCGGCGCUCAAGUCGCUCGUGAAAAACGUCGGCGACCUUCGGCUCGUCGAGCCUCUGAUCGACGAGGCGACGCCGAAGCCGAUCUUGAGGCACGUGCUGAACGAGUUCGCGGUCAAGCUCGCGAAGGACGUGAACGCGAAGCGCGACUUCGUCACCGGCGGGGCGCUGAUGCGGUUGCAAGCGAUUCGCAGGGCGCACGAGGCGGCGGCGGCGGCGGCGGCGCGGGCGAGGGAGGAGGCGCGUCUGGGCGCCGCCGACGCGGCGGCGGACGACGCGCUCCUGGACGAGCGCACGGAGCUCGCGGUGACGCAGAUCAACCACAUGUUUCCCGCGGACGUCGUGAGCUACUACCUGUACUGUUGA